GGGAGGGAGAGACAGGGAGAGAGAGAGAGAGAUAGUUUUGUACAGAGGAGGGACACACAUUCUCCAGCCGGGCAGCAGAGCCUCAGUCUAGGCAGCCAAGUGCAGCAUUGUCUGCCUCUUCACCCGCGCCACCGCCACCACCACUACCCGUCAUCCCGUUUUGGACUAGACACCCCUUGCUGUGACACUGUCUACGAGCAAGGGUGUGUGUCUGCGUGUGUGUCAAUCGUGGCGAAAAUAAGACCCCAGCAGCUUGCGUCAUUUGAAAGCAACAUCUUCGGUACCCAGUAAAGCGUACAGGGGAGUACAGCAGCGGAGCGAGAGCGGGGGGUACAGAAGGUGGCAUGGAGGAGGUGUGUGUGUCUGCGCGGAGGCAGGGCUCAGGGAUGUGGUGUCUGACGGACGCGGAGAGAAGCUGUGAGCUCUGGUAUUAGCAGGCAUCUGCGCACCGAGCCGCUCUCUUCCCUCCCUCCCCUCGCGCCGACAAUUCGCCUAAAAACCGGGGAAUCGGCUCCACACGGCUCGCCGUGCUCACUACCGCUGGCGUCCCGCACGGGGGAUUUGACACGAACAGAGAGAUGUUCUUUUUCGGGAGGAAGGCCACUGGAUUUAAAAGUAUUAGUGAGUCUCUACUCGGACUGUGGUGUUAGUGAUUUUGACCUGGGAUCCGACUGUCAAGCACUGGCUCAUUGUGCUUGGCCCCCUACCGCUGUAUUCUCAGCCGACUUCUCCUUUCACUAGAUGAUAAAAACUGUCCAUAGGAUUGCCAUCCAUGGUUUCUGCCCUAAUAUAUACUACAUCAUCCUACAUUAAAAAGAUUUGUAAAGGAAUGUUUACAAAGAAAUUGGCAAACUCAAUAAAGAAGAAAGAGAGAAGCGAAAAUAAAGAGCCCAAAUUGACCACUGAUUUGCAAGCACACAAUCCAAAUCUCUCAACCACAUUGAAGACUACAGUUAAAAAGAUUUCCAAAUGCUCUUCGGCACGUAACAUAUCGCUUGAAGAAGACGACGGAAAGUACGACUGCUCAUCCCUGUCACCCACUUUCAGUUAUCGUGUAGCUAUAGCGAAUGGACUGCCGAAAAACUCUCUUUCUUUGAAUAAUAAUGAAAGUAUCAUUUCUGAGAUUCUUUCAAUUGAUACUACUUACUCUGACUCUUUGAGUGAGACAAAACUUGUCAGGAGAUUGGAUGAGCAUAAAUCACACACUAUGCCAGUAAGACGAAACAGAAAGAGCCUCAUCAGUUUGGCUCCCUCUGAUGGCAGCUCUGAGGGCGAGCGAGUGGAACGCUCCAGUCUACACACACUUAGGCUGGGUGCUCUACGCAAGUUAAGAAAAUGGAAAAAGAGUCAGGAAUGUGUCUCCUCAGACUCCGAGGUGAGCAAUUGGAGGAAAACCUUGGGCAUUCGGAGCAAGUCCUUGGACCGCGCUGGACGGCAGCAAAAGAGCUCAACCCUGGAGCCUGGCUCCUCCUCCACAGGUUGCAUCAGUCAGACCCAGGAUGUCAUGGAGAUGAUCUUUAAGGAGCUUCAGGGGAUCAGCCAGAUAGAGACAGAACUGUCUGAGCUACGUGGCCAUGUAAAUGCCCUGAAAAGCUCCAUUGAUGAGAUCUCCAGCAGUGUGGAAGUAGUUCAGAGUGAGAUUGAGCAGCUUCGCACGGGAUUUGUCCAGUCUAGAAGGGAAACACGAGAUAUUCAUGACUACAUAAAACAAAUUAGCCACCAGGCCAACAAUUCAACCUUGAGGUUCCUUAAUGUUCCUGAAGAAAGGUCAGAAAAAACAGAGAGUCUAAUUUAUAAGAUACUAAAAGACAAAAUGGGUUUCAUUGAUGCCCUUAAAACAAUUAAAAUUGAGCUUGCUCAUAGGUUAGGGCAACAAAGAGAAUGUUCUAAUGCAAAACCCCGCCCUAUUAUUGUUAUUUUUGCAACAACUCAAGAGAGGGAUAUAGUCUUGAAAAAGUGCUAUAAACUUAAAGGAACAGGCAUUACAGUCUCCACUGAUAGCUUAACUCAUGAUGGAAAGGAGAGAAAAGACAAAACAAUGUCUUCCUCACAAACUUAUGAAAGCAUGGAUAUGAAGGCCUCAGGAAAGGAUAAAGUGGUGGAGAGCGAUGAUUGGGACUCAAUGGACAGUGAUAAAGAAUUAGAUGAAUUAAGCCGAAAUAAAUAUGCAAUGGUGAUUUCAAAGCCCGCUCACAAGAGCAAAUCAGAGAAGAGGCGAUCCCAUGACCAUAGCCGGUCAGGAGAGGAAGCAGGCUACUCAGGCGCUGUUCACUAUGCUGAUGACUCUUACUAUGACCCAGACAAGCAAGUAAAGGCCUACUAUUCGGAUUUGACCCCUGGUUGGCUUUCUCAGAGUGACUAUUCCACCCCUAAACUCAGCCGCUCUGAGUCUGACUGCUCAAAACUUUGCCAGUCAUACUCAGAAGACUUUUCAGAGAGUCAGUACUUUACACGGGCUAAUGGCUGCUCCAUGCUGUCCUCCUCAGAUCAGGAACUGUGGCAGAGAAAACAAGAAGACAUGGCUUCCUCCUGGUAUGCUAGCGACAGUCACCAACUCAGCCAUGAGAAUCAAGCAUAUGAACACAAUGAGGUUGAGACUACGGAAACUAUUGACAGUGGGGUGAGCAAUGGACUGGUCUGCAUAUCUGGGGACAGAAGCCACUACAGUGGCUCCCAGCUUUCUCUGCAAGGUGACUUAUCACCCUGGAAAGACUGGCAUCAUCUAGAGCAGGGUGCUGAUUCUGGCUUGGAAGCCUCAAUAGAGGUUAGCAGUCCCUUUGACCCAUCAACCAUCCCUGGUUUUCCAGAAAACAUCACUAAAUGUCAGGAGGUUGAUUUACAAUUUGAGGGAGAUGAAGAAUUCAUGAUGCUUGACAGAGAAUCUUCCCUACCACCUAUAACCACCCACAUUAUUACUCCCAUCGCAGAGCGUGAGUCUGUCAUCAAGUCAUCUGCCCGGCAGUCCAAGGAGGGAAAUAAGAUGGUCACAAAAGAAAACACAAAAACAUCAUCUAAAGAUACACCUAAAGCUGCUGCUAAAAUUACACAUAAACAGACAAAAUUGAUACCUAAAGAAGAAGCAAACAUCAAAAUAUUGCCAAAAGAAAGCUCGAAGGUAUCUGCUAAGGUUUCAUCCCAAGUGACCUCUAAAGCAGCUCCUAAAGAGUCACCUAAGGAGAUUCAGAAAACAGCAGCUAAAGAAUCCUUUCAAUCCCUUCCUAAAGACAGCCCUAAAGUCACACCUAAAGAUGCCACAAAGCCCAGUGUUAAAAAAGUAUCUAAAGUGACAUCUAAGAUAACUUCCAGUGAAGCUGCUAAAGUGACAUCUAAGAUAACUUCUAGUGAAGCUGCUAAAGUGACAUAUAAGAUAACUUCUAGUGAAGCUGCUAAAGUGACAUCUAAGAUAACUUCUAGUGAAGCUGCUAAAGUGACACCUAAAGUGACCCCAAAAGAUAGCCCUACAAUGACUCCUAAAGAAAGUCCUAAAGAGUCACAUAACGAGAGCCCUAAAAUAACCCCAAUUGAGAGCCCUGUGUCAACCCCUAAAGAGUCCCCUAAAGAGUCCCCUAAAGAAUCCCCUAAAGAAUCCCCUAAAGAGUCUCCCAAAGUCAUUGCUAAAGAUCCCCCACAAAUUGCAUCUAACGAAGGUCUAAAAGUUGUUGCUAAAGAGGUUAUCAAAGAAGCUGUAAAACUACCCCCAAAAGAGGUAUUGAAAGAGAUGCCGAAGGUAGCAUCUAAGGAGACUGGUAAAGUACCCACUCAAGAAGUUUCUAAGAUUCCACCUAAAGAAGUCCCGAAGGUAGCCCCUAAAGAGAGUCCUAAGGUGUCCCCCAAAGAGACCCCUAAAGCCAUCCCAAUUGAAGCUCCUAAAGUUGGAAAUAAAGUAGCUUCUAAAGAUGCCCCAAAGGAAACCCCCAAAGUCAUUGCUAAAGAUAAAUUCCCUGAACUGGAUGUCAAUCAUAGCUUCCACCAGAACCAGAAUAAGUCUACAACUAUGUACCGCAGUCAGAGUGAGAUUCGAACAGAGAAGGUUGAGGAGGUUCCCAAGUCUUGGAGCAGUAGGCUCAGCAUAGAUCUCACUGAGAAGUCCUUUGGUUUUGGCUUUGGCUCUACACUGCAAAGGGCUAAGUCAGCUUUGGAGGUUGUUUGGAAGUCUGGCCCUCAAACUCCUACCACUGCUCCUCCUGAGGAGACCACCAAUUCAUCAUUUAUGGGGCGUUUCCGCACGCUGUCCACCUCUGGUGUAAAUAGCUCUAGUACUACAAUAGACUCCGAUGCCAACACAGAGUCUGUCUUCAACAAGGCAGAGGAAGAUAAAGCAGGUGCAGAGGCAGAAGCUGGGGAACAACCAGUGGACAAUGAGACCCACUAUGUUGAAGUGAUGGAGCAGGUAUUAGCUAACUUAGAGAACAGAACUAAUGCUAGUGAGACAGAGGAGACAGAUGAGGCUGCACAGGACUGUGAGACUUCUCAGGACUAUGAUGUGUCUGAUGACUUUGAGGCCUCUCAAGACAGUGAUGCCUUUCAGGAUUUUGAGACCUUUCAAGAUUUGGAAGCGACAGGAGACCAUGAGACAAGUAAAGAGGCGUGUGUUCUGGAAUAUGAUUGCAAUUUGGAUGAAGAGUACAAUGAAGAAUAUGAAACCCAACUCACUGAGGACACUGCUGAAUUUGACGCAAUGGUGGAGUAUGUAGACGUAGAAGAACCAGAUGACAAUGAUGUGACAGAGGAGAUGGAAGAGGGUGAUGAGGAGUUAGAGGAGGUAGAGGAGAUCAUAGAGGAUGCCGCUGAGGGAUCUGAAAAAGUAAAGCAAAAGCAGGAGGAUGAAAACAAAAAUGUUCCAGAGGAGAAGCCUACAGAGGCCCCACCCAAGAAACAUGUGAGACCCACAUUCAAGGAGGCAGCACUGAGGGCCUACAGGAAGCAGAUGGCUGAACUGGAGCAGCAGAUCCUGGCAGGAGACACCAGUGCUUUGGACACACAGCCUCACAGUAUUUUGGACCCCAAACUGCUCGGCUUGCAGUCUGGAGGGGCUGGCAGUAUUCUUUAUGGUAUUGACAGCAUGCCAGAUUUACGCCGCAAGAGGACAGUGCCUCUUGUCCGAGACCUGGCUUUGACCCUCACUGCUCGAAAGGCAGGCAUCUCGUUCGCUCUGGUGAACCGGUCCACCCUGAAUAAUGAGGAUCUGAAACAACAUGUCUUCAAGAAGACUCUCCAGGCCUUGAUCUACCCGAUUUCAUCCACAACACCCCACAAUUUUGAGGUGUGGACGGCGACUGCACCCACCUACUGCCAUGAGUGCGAGGGGCUGCUGUGGGGCAUCGCACGUCAGGGCAUGCGCUGCUCAGAGUGCGGCGUUAAAUGCCACGAGAAGUGCCAGGACCUGCUCAAUGCAGAUUGUUUACAAAGGGCAGUGGAGAAGAGCUCCAAGCACGGGGCGGAGGACAAGACCCAGAACAUCAUCAUGGCUAUGAAGGAGCGCAUGAAGAUAAGGGAGAAGAACACUCCUGAAGUGUUUGAGGUGAUCCAGGAGAUGUUCCAUGUCUCCAAAGAAGACUUCACCAGCCACCUGAAGACAGCCAAGCAGGCUGUUCUGGAUGGGACCUCCAAGUGGUCUGCCAAAAUCAACAUCACAGUGAUGAGUGCACAGGGUUUACAGGCCAAGGAUAAGACUGGCUCUAGCGACCCUUACGUCACCGUCCAGGUGGGCAAGACCAAACGCAGGACGAAGACCAUCUUCGGCAACCUGAACCCGAUCUGGGAUGAGAAGUUCAACUUUGAAUGUCACAACGCCACUGACCGCAUCAAGGUGCGUGUGUGGGACGAGGAUGAUGACAUUAAAUCAAGGGUGAAGCAGCAUUUCAAGCGUGAGUCAGACGAUUUCCUGGGACAGACCAUCAUCGAGGUUCGCACUCUGAGUGGAGAGAUGGACGUUUGGUACAAUCUAGAUAAAAGGACUGACAAGUCUGCGGUAUCUGGUGCCAUCAGACUCAAGAUCAGCGUGGAAAUGAAAGGGGAGGAGAAUGUGGUUCCUCCUCAUGGCCAAUACACCUGUUUACAUGAGAACCUGUUCCACUGCCUGACCGAGGUGAAGAACAGCGGGGUGGUGAAGAUCCCACAGGUGAAAGGGGACGAGGCGUGGAAGGUCUACUUUGACGACGUGUCUCAGGAGAUAGUGGAUGAGUUUGCCAUGCGAUACGGAGUGGAGUCUAUCUAUCAGGCUAUGACGCACUUCUCCUGUCUGUCCGCCAAAUACAUGUGUCCCGGUGUGCCAGCAGUGAUGAGCAACCUGCUUGCUAAUAUCAAUUCCUACUUCGCCCACACAACCACCACCACCACAACCACUGCCUCCGCUUCUGACCGAUUUGCUGCCUCUAACUUUGGGAGGGAAAAAUUUGUCAAAUUACUGGACCAGCUGCAUAACUCACUAAGGAUUGACCUUUCUAAAUAUCGGGAUAAUUUCCCUGCAGGAAACCCAGAGCGUCUGCAAGAUCUCAAGUCCACUGUUGAUCUGCUGACCAGCAUCACCUUCUUCAGGAUGAAGGUACAAGAGCUCCAGAGUCCACCAAGAGCCAGUAUGGUGGUGAAGGACUGCGUGAAGGCGUGUCUGGACUCCACAUACAAAUACAUUUUUGAUAACUGUCAUGAACUGUACAACCAACUCCUUGACCAGAGCCGGAAACAGGACAUUCCCCGAGAGGAGCAGGGUCCGUCUAUAAAGAACCUGGACUUCUGGCCAAAACUCAUCACUCUCAUGGUUUCAGUAAUCGAUGAGGACCGGACAGCUUACACCCCAGUCGUUAACCAGUUUCCACAGGAGCUGAAUGCGGGCAAGAUCAGCGCUGAGAUCAUGUGGAGCCUCUUUGCCCUGGACAUGAAGUAUGCAAUGGAAGAGCAUGACAAGCACCGCCUAUGCAAAAGUACUGAAUACAUGAAUCUUCACUUCAAAGUCAAAUGGUUCCAUAAUGAGUAUGUUCGUGACCUGCCAGCCUUCAAGAAUGUCCCGCCUGAGUAUUCUCUGUGGUUCGAGCCAUUUGUAAUUCAGUGGCUUGCUGAGAACGAGGACGUUGCCAUGGAUUUCCUCAAUGGAGCACUGGAAAGGGACAAGAAAGAUGGAUUCCAGCAAACCUCGGAGCACGCCCUCUUUUCAUGUUCGGUGGUUGAUGUGUUCACUCAACUAAACCAGAGUUUUGAGAUUAUCAAGAAGCUGGAGUGUCCAAACCCACAGGCUCUGGCUCAUUUCAUGUGCCGAUUCGCGAAGACUAUCAACAAAGUUCUUCUGCAGUAUGCUGUAAUCAUAUCCAAGGACUUUCCUUUGUAUUUGAGUAAGGAGAACGUGCCCUGCAUCAUCCUCAACAACAUUCAGCAGCUCCGCGUCCAACUGGAGAAGAUGUUUGAGUCCAUGGGUGGCAAACAGGAGGAGGGGGUUGUGUCCUUCUGUAAGCUGGAUGCAGAGGCCAGUGAUCUACUUAAGGAGCUGCAGAAUAAACUCAACACAGUGCUGGAUGAGCUCAGCGGAGUGUUCGGCUCCAGUUUCAAAGGUGUGAUCGAGGAUUGUGUGAAGCAGAUGAACCAGGAGCUGGUUCAGAUGAAAGGUACGGCCAAAGGGAGCAACGCUGCCAUGGAUGCAGAGACUGUCCUCCGGCCUCUUAUGGACCUCCUGGAUAAAAAUUUGAUGUUAUUUGCCAAGAUUUGUGAGAAGACAGUGCUGAAACGAGUCCUCAAAGAGCUUUGGAAAAUCGUGCUGAACACCAUCGAGAGAACAAUUGUUCUGCCUCCACUGAGUGACCAGAGUCAGGGAGCUCAGAUGAUCUUCAAUGCUGCCAAGGACUUGGGACAGCUGUCCAAACUGAAGGAGCAUGUCAUUCGAGAGGAAGCCAGAAGUCUGACUCCACGACAGUGUGCAGCCAUGGACCUCGUGCUUCCCACCAUCAAGCAAUACUUCCAUGCCGGAGGAAAUGGGCUGAAGAAAACCUUCCUUGAAAAAAGCCACGAUAUGAAGUCCCUCAAAUAUGCUCUCAGCCUUUACACUCAACCUACAGAUGCCUUGAUCAAGAAAUAUAUAUGCACCCAAACCUCUCAAGGUGAGUCAUCCAACGGAUCGGUGGGAGAGGUGUCAAUGCAAGUGAAUCUCAUCUCUCACCCUGGCACCGGAGAGCACAAAGUCAGCGUUAAGGUGUUCGCAGUGAACAACCUCAUCUGGCAAACCAACGCCAUGUUCCGGCCGUUUGUAGAGGUAAACGCCGUGGGACCACACCUGACUGACAAGAAGCGCAAAUUCAGCACCAAGACCAAGAAUAACAAUUGGUCACCAAAGUACAAUGAAACAUUCCAAUAUGUUCUAAGUAAUGAACAUGGUCCGGAAGCCUACGAGCUGCACGUCUCAGUAAAGGACUACUGCUUUGCCCGUGAGGACCGCAUCAUCGGCAUGACGGUCAUCCAGCUAAGAGAGCUAGCAGACAAGGGCAGCUGCUCCGCCUGCUACCCCCUGGUGAAAAGCGUCGCCAUGGACGAAACUGGCCUCACCAUCAUGAGGAUACUCUCUCAAAGGACCAAUGACGAGGUGGCCAAAGAGUUUGUGCGUCUCAAGACAGACACACGCUCGGCGGAGGAAGUAUCAUAAUGUGCAAAAAAAAAAAAUGCAGUAUUAAAAAAGUUGUGUUGUCUUAAGUGGGAGAUAAAAAGAAAAGGCAGAAGGAGAAGGAGCAGUAGCAACAGAUGCUCUUUCUGGAUAGGUGCUGGAGAAUGAGAUUUUCCAAAGAGAAGCGCAGGAGGCCCAAAUGUGUCAAGGCAGCAAGACAGUGAGAGAGAGAGAGAGAGAGAGAGAGAGAGUUGUGUUUGUUUGUUUUUGUGCAUGUGCGUAAAACAUCUGUUGGAAUGUUCAUUUUAAAACUACAGUAUGUACAAGUGUUUACUUACCGUAUGCUUACUAUUAAGUACUAUAUUCUACGAGUUAUGUUAACGAGACAUGAAAUACCUUUUGUACAACAUUUAGUCUUUUUGAACAGAGAUUUGUUCCAAUAAAGUGCCAAACCAGUGAAAAAAAGAACAAAACCAACGUAUAUGAAAUAUGGUGAACUUCGUAUGUUUGAAAUUUGCUCGAUUAUUUUGUCCGGUGUAAGUCUUUUUCUGACAGUGUGGCGUUUUGAUUGUUGCAAAGUCUUUCAUUUUGCAUCCUUGUUUUUUGGCUUCACGUUCUUCCACAAAGCACUGUUGUGCAUGUCCUCUUCUCAGUCAUGUCUCUCCCAUGAUUCUACAGUGACCACCGAGCAGGGUCCUGUCCCCUUGCCUUCAAACUGUUUGUAUUUUAAGUCGACCUGAAAAUAGACCAUGUUUUUUUAAAUGGCGAUGACUGCUAUGUAAACCUUCAUAGGUGUUUGUAAUUUUAUAACCAUGACAACAAUGACGACAGCCUCCAGUGCUAACAGUCUUAGCAGAAAAGAUGGAAACGUUUUCUUUUCUUUGGCUUUUAGUUCUUUGUUUUUGGCCAUCAGCUUCCAGCCUUUCUGAAUGACCACUGUGAACAUGAGCUUUGGAAGGCAAGCUUACAUGACAUUGCUGACAGUUUGAUAUUAUUGUUUGAUAUUUUUCCGAUAACUUUGUUCUUGAUAAACUGCCAAAGUUAUAUAAAAUAUUUGUACAAAAGCAAUCCAUUACAUGUAUGAAGAUAAAUAUGUACAUGUGAUCUAUUACUUUUUCAAUGCUUAAUAUUUGAUUAUUGAUAGGGCGGUACUAAGAUUUUAUUUUUUUUAUUUCCUGUGAAGCUGUUAACCAAUAUGAAAGUUGCACAUGUUACUUUACACAUUAGUUAUAUCAGCUUCUGUCAUUGAAAUUAUUUUUCUUCAUAAAGGAAAGAGUCUAACAUUUGGUAAAUAUGCAACAUUCCUAUGUAUUGCACUGAUGGCGAAUUGUAUGUCAUGUAAAUAUAUUUAGUGAGAUAUUGUACAAAAGUCUACUUUUCUUCAAUGUGCAUAAAGUAUGUGCAAAUAUGUUAAAACAUAUGGGUCAUUUUGGAAAAAUUGUCCAGUAAGCAUCCCUUUAACAAAUAGCUUACAGUAGACAUAAUGAAAAAUGUGGUCAGUUGCAUCUAGAUUGGCUAUCUCAUAGCAAAUCAGAAACCUAUUGAUAUUUAAGAAACAAAAAAUGUCUGUGUUCAAUCUGAAAAUGAUUUUCACUGGUUUGCAGAGGCGUUGGGGGGGAAAAAAAGAAUCAAAACCAAAUAUCUUUUUUUAUUCCAUGAAUUCUUCUUCCUUGUCAAAAACCUGCAUCUUUACAGCCAACAAUUCAGUCAGAGAUUUGGGUGUGUUAUGCUAGUAGCGGCUAACUUCGCCUGAAACUGAUUAGGAGCAGGCUGCACAGGUUUGAUAAACUCACUUAUUUUUAACUACGCAAACCAGAUUAUUUUCCUUUUCAAUCUUGGAGUCCUCCGCCCCAGCCAACGCUGCCUCAUAUGACGUCACUUGAGGCAAUGCAUCACCCUUGCACAGCUCCCCCUGGAGCCACAAAAUUGUUAAUACAUUUUUAGUAAUAGUUUGGUAGUACUCCCCAAGGCCUGACAGACUUUGAUGUGAGUUCCCCUUUAAAUGUUACAAACAUCCCUCAAUACACCAUGAAGCACAAUUGGCAACAUUAAACAAAUAUUUUAACUUUGUCUUCCAUUGCUCUUGCAAUAGGAAUUGCAGACACUCAACUCCAGAAAUAACUUAAUUCCAAACUCACACUAAAGAACAUUAUGGCAUUUUAGAACAUGAAAAAAAAUUGGUAUAAAAAGGUAAAUAUUUUCUUAAUGGGUUUGACUUCCAGGGUGAAACACACACUGGACUGCCUGGUCGAAUAAGUUUCAAGUUUCCUACCCACCUACAGCAUAAAAUCUUCCUAGUUGUGUCUUCUCACGGUUUACUUUGUCAAAGUUACUCUUGAGUGUGCCUCUGUCAUAGUGAACAUUUGAUUUCUCCAUUCACAUGCCUUGUGUAUUUGAGUGUGUGUGAAUGAAACACUUGCUUUGAGAUCAGUUAUGCUCUAUUUACUGUUAAUCAUUCAACACCCACAGAAAGAAAAAUGCAGCUCUGUGGCAGGAAAUAAUCCUUAAAAAACAUGUCACCUGCCAAAACUUCAAUGCCACUUUUACAUGUUUUUAUUUGGGCCAUGUGUUACUUCAGAGAGCAGGUAAUAUCUGGGUAAACGUGAGAAGUAGCCUGAAUACAAACACUGUAAAGCCCAAUGUAAUGAUAAGCACGCUAGACAGUAUAAUUGUACCUGGCAUGGGGAAAUUCUAACUGUAUAAGUGUUGGUCCAUUUUACAAUACAGAAUGACAAACAAAUAUUAUUUUAAAGAACCAC